GUUGUCCCCCCUUUGACCACCACACGUGUAAUAAUCUCGGUUGUGGAGUCUACUGCUGACUUCUGUACAGCUAGUGACAUAGCUAGGUCUUUCGUAGUGUACGUAGCAGAAUACAGAACUUUCAACAUGUUGAGUGGGAUUAGGAAGUCUGUUUCCACGGCAGUAAGAGGGGCAGCCAGGAGGGCCACAGUUACAACAAGUGCUGCUACCAAGGGGACAAACAAGAUUGGAGAGAAGUCAGAGGCAGUGUUUCAUAAAGAGCAAAAGUAUGGAGCCCACAACUAUGGUCCAAUUCCUGUGGCCCUGUGUCGUGGAGAAGGUGUGUUUGUGUGGGAUGUGGAGGGUAACCGCUACUACGACUUCCUCAGUGCUUACAGUGCCGUCAACCAGGGUCACUGUCACCCUAAGAUCAUCCGCGCGCUCAAAGAGCAGGCCGAUGUCCUCACACUCACCUCCCGGGCAUUCUACAACGAUGUCCUCGGGGAAUAUGAGGAAUAUAUGAACAGCUUGUUUGGAUAUGACAAAGUACUGCCCAUGAAUACAGGUGUGGAGGGUGGAGAGACUGCCUGUAAACUAGCCAGGAAGUGGGCAUACCAGGUCAAAAAGGUGCCAGCAGACCAGGCUAGAAUCGUGUUUGCUGACGGGAACUUCUGGGGCCGCACCUUAGCAGCCAUCUCCAGCUCCACAGAUCCAUCAAGCUAUGAUGGGUUCGGCCCCUACAUGCCAGGAUUCGGAAUUGUCCCCUACAAUGAUAUAGCCGCUCUAGAGAAAGAGCUACAGAACCCGAAUACCUGUGCGUACAUGGUGGAGCCUAUCCAGGGAGAGGCGGGCGUGGUUGUUCCCGACCCUGGUUACCUGGUGAAGGUCAGAGAGCUGUGUGACAAGUACAAUGUCCUCUGGAUCGCUGAUGAGGUACAGACUGGACUCGCUCGGACUGGCAAACGCCUGUGUGUAGACCAUGAGAAUGUACGCCCCGACAUUGUGGUGCUUGGGAAGGCUCUAUCAGGAGGAAUCCUACCCGUGUCGGCCAUCUUGGCUGACGAUCCCGUUAUGUUGACCAUCAAGCCCGGUGAACAUGGCUCAACUUACGGAGGAAACCCACUCGCCUGCAAGGUUGCCAUAGCAGCACUAGAGGUGUUGGAGGAGGAAAAAUUGGCUGAGAGGGCAGAGUAUCUGGGCCAAAUUCUUCGCAAGGAAUUGUCGGAGCUGCCAAAAGAUUUGGUGAAGAUAGUGAGAGGAAAGGGCCUUCUUAAUGCCAUUGUCAUCAAUGAAAAGCAUGAUGCUAUGGAUGUAUGUUUGCGUCUCCGUGACAACGGCCUCCUUGCCAAGCCUACCCAUGGUGAUAUCAUCAGAUUUGCCCCGCCUCUUAUCAUGGCAGAUGAUCAGAUGAUGGAGUGCAUCAGCAUUAUCAAGAAAACCAUCCUGGAAUUUGAAUAGAUAUCAUCAGUGUGUUCGAUCCCUGUUGAAUAAUCAGGGUGGGAAAUAUUAUCUACUGUAAUGUGUCUAUGAGGACAUUCCUGCUAUUCUAUAUACAAAGCUGCUGAUUUGUUUAUUUUGAAGGUAUUUUUUGCUUGAGAAUUGAGAUUAAGGUUAUACGUCAGACAUUUAUUGGUGAGGUCAAGCUUUAUAUAAUUAAACAUCUCUUAUUCAUGUUUUACGAGAAACUUUUUCAGCAAUGGUAGAAGGAUGGCCUAAAUAUUAAUAAUUUCACGAUCCUUCGGCUCUUCAUGAUAGAGACAUUUUGUGCUAAUCCAUAUAACCAAGUAAAUGACAGGUGAAAUGUGACAUUUACUUCUCUGCCAUUUUAAUAGAUGUUCAAUACUCAUCCUAGAUAUAUACAACUGUAUACAUAUAUGGGGGCUUUAAUGCUUUACUAGUACUAUUAUAUAUUGUUUGUGCAUGGUGUUAUGCAGGUUAUAUAAUAUACCAAAUAAAUUAUUUUUCUUUUUUCCGAUCAAUUUUUGAGGUCAAAGGUCAAAAAUGUUUUUCCACUCAGUAUCUUGUGUACUGCGUAUGACAAGACUGGGUUUUUUUUGGGGGGGGGGGUUUGGCAUCAUUUUUUUUGUCUUGCCAAUACUCAUAUGUUGUUUAUAGGAUAACAAAAUAUGAAAUAAAACUCAGGUAAACGUGAUUUCCUCUAUCUGAUUUUUAAAAGGAAGUAAAAAAUACUGUUAUGUUCAUAAGAUAUUUCUUACGUACCAAAUGUACUUUCAAGAUUAUAAGUAAAAAUUUGCUUACUGUAAAUGAACAUCAAAUGUUUGAGAGUUUUAUUUUUUUAAUGCAUAAUAAUUACUAUAAGUGACUUUUUGUUAUUAUAGUUAGAACAAUCCUGAUAUAUAAUUUUUAAUUACAUUGAUUUAUUUACAAAUUAUAUAUUGCAAUCUUUAGGAGAUAUUGCAAUAUAUCACAAUAUAUUGUAUUCCUAGAAUUCCUUAUUUUACUUGUACUGCCGUUAUAAUAAAAGAAAUACGAAAUGUGAGCAUCCCUUAAGCAAGGUUCAAAAAUUAUGUUAUAUAGUCUAGGGAGUUAUCACACCAAGCAAGCUUAAUUUGGAUGAUAUUGGUUUAAUUUUUUUUCAGUAAAGUUAUCUAUGCUUAAAUUGAAGACAAAUUCAAAAUCAUAUCACAAUACAUAUGUAUAUAUUGCUAGACCUGCAUUAUUAUGAGAUUAUAAUUUUAUUGCUCUUUGAAAACAUGUUUUUUACUCUUCAUAAUGAUCUGUUAUUCUUUAGUAUGUUUUGUUUCUUGUAUAUCAUUGGGUUGGUAUUGAACAAUUUGUAAAAUUUAAAAUGCUUUUCUCUACCUACAGUGGAAUCUGAUAGCUAUUCAUUUAUGUUGUACAGCUGUUAUAUGAAGUUAUCAACAAAUGGAGUAUAGUUCUACACAGUACGUUAAUGGAAACAAAUUUGAACAUUGAAGAUUUUUACAAUUUUAGGUUAAAUGUAGUAUCAUAUGAUAUUUUUAAAAGUGAAAUCCUGUUGCAAUGGCCGAUUUUACUACAGAAAGAGAUUUUUAGUUUUAUUUGCCAGUAAAUCAAAGUAAAGUGUGGAUCAUUUUGGUAAGUAUUAUAUAUGAUUAGGUUACUGAACAAUUUCCUUUGCAUGUUUUUUCUUGAUGUGUAAUUCUGUGUUUUCUAUUUCUUCAUGAAAUAUAGUUGUUACAAUUCUGUAAUGAGUGAAGAAAACUUAACAGGUUCCAAAGUAUGACACAAAAUUUGUUGGUAUGUUUCCUUUUAUUGAGAUUAGGUCCUCAAUAUACACUUAUCUUUAAAUGGUAACCAGUGCUAAUAUAAGUUUUAUGACUUUUAAGUCAGACUUGUAGAUUUGAUUUUUUUUACAAUAAAAAAAUGAAAAUAUA